GUGGCGCUAAACAAUCAUGGCGGCAAAUAAGGAGGCAAUAGCAAUAGUGCUUGAUGUGGGACCCUCGAUGAACUCUGCCCCACCAGGUGUGGCUACACCCCUAGAAACAGCCUUGGAUGCUAUUACAAUGAUUCUACAGAGAAAGAUGUUUGCAGAGUCAAAAGAUGAGAUAGCUUUGAUAUUGGUGGGCACUGAUGAAACAGAUAACCCUCUGGCUAAUGGAGAAUGUUAUGAACAUAUAUCUAUAGCUAAUCCAAUGGGCAUAGUUGACUUUGACUUCUUACAGUUGGUACAGAAUGACGUGAAGGCAAGCAGUACUGCUGGAGAUUUUCUUGAUGGAAUAGUGGUAGGAAUGGACCAUCUAGUUAAUGCCAUGCAGGGUAAGAAGGGGUUUGCCAACAAGCGGCUCAUAUUGAUGACAGAUCUCGGUGGAGAAUUUGGAGAUGAUCAGCUUGAUAAUAUUAUUGCCAGCAUAAAAAACUCCGAGACUGAACUCAACGUCAUUGGACCAGAUUUUGAUGAUGAUGAUGAGGAAGAUCAUGGUGAUGGUGAUAAGGGCGGGGCACAGAACGGGGCAGCCAAACCCAAAACUCCACAACAGCGUGCUGGCACAGCUCUGAUCAAACAUAUAGUAGAAGAGGUUGAUGGGGAGUGUUAUUCUUUUAGUGAGGCAUUGCCAGCUCUCUCCUACUUUCAGUCUAGACAAGUGAGACCAACAGCCUGGAAAUGCCCUCUAGAAAUAGGAACAGAUCUUAAAAUACCUAUAAAUGGCUAUGUUAAGGUGAAAGAUUUCAAGUUAAAGCAGUCCUGGAAGAAAGUUUAUGCUAAGGACACUGACAUGGAGGUUGGAACUUUAAGAACUUUUCACAAGAACGAUGAAGAAGAAACAGAAGUUGAAAAAGAGGAUAUGGUAGAAGGACAUCGCUAUGGAAACACGUUGGUACCUAUGACAGAUGAUGAUAAGUUAAACAUGAAAUACAAGGCAGAGAAAUGUUUCAAAGUUCUAGGAUUUACAAAGGCAGAAAAUGUAAAAAGACACGAGAUGAUGGGUGAUGGUGUUAUGACUGUAGUAGCAGAAAAAGGGGAUGAGGCAGCUGCUGUAGCAUUAUCAGCUGUUAUAAAUGCCUUGUACGAGACUAACAUGGUUGCCAUAGCGAGGAGAGUGUAUAAUGCAGCUUCUAGUCCUAGAGUGGGUUGUCUAAUUCCACAUAUAAAAGCAGAAUACGAGUGUUUAUAUUGGUUUGAGCUGCCCUUUAUGGAAGAUGUUCGACAGUUUACAUUUGGAUCUCUACCAGUGAAAGAAGAAAAUCCAACAAAUAAAAAAUACAAACCUUCAGAGGACCAGUGUAAAGCUGUUGAUGAUUUAAUAACAAGUAUGGAUUUAAGUACAGCAGGGCGAGAUGAAGAUGAUAAACCCUGUGAAGUUUUAAAGCCAAAGUUGAUAUUUAACCCUCACUUCCAGAGAUUAUAUCAGUGUUUACAGCACAGGGCAUUAAAUCCAGACGAUGCACUGCCUGAGUUGUCUCCCCUUAUAGCCAAUUAUCUUAAACCACCAGAGGAAGUUGUCACGAACUGUUCACAAAGUAUGGAUAAACUAAAGGAAAAAUUCAAACUUGAGGUUGUAAAGAAAAAAGAAGAGAAAACCGGAGAAAAAAUGUUUCAGGAAAAUGGUGAAGAAGAUGGUCCUGCAGCUAAGAAAGUCAAGGUCGAUGAUAACCUCGAUGGUGGCAUCAUGGAUAUAGCUAAAUCUAAAGUUACUGAGGUUGGAUCAACAACACCUGUGGAUGACUUUGUUGCUAUUGUAAAUAGGAAAGAUGAGGAUAAAUUUGAAGAAGCUUGUGGUCAGAUGCAGAAAAGAAUACAACAGAUAGUACUGGACAGUUUUGGUGACCAGUUCUAUGAGAAAGCCAUGGACUGUCUUAAAUGUCUUAGGGAACAAUGUAUAAAAAAAUUAGAGGCAAAAUCUUACAAUACAUUUAUAAAAGAGUUCAAAGAGACGCUUAUAUCAAAGGCAAGAAGGGAUUUCCUUGACAAAUUAUGUGCAGACAAGCAGGGUUUGAUCUCCAAGAUGGAAUGUGAGGACGGUGCAUCUGAAGAUGAUGUUAAAAAGUUUAAUGAGGGGGAGGAGUCCCAGAAACCAGAACAACCAAUGGAAGAUGACUCUGCUGAAGACCUGCUUGAUGAAUUAUAAAGAAGGGGUGAUAACUGCCAUUUUGAUCGUUGGAACUUGUAAAAGAUUUUUAUAGUUGAUCUCUUGACUUACAAUAGUUAUAUACAAUGUACAUGUAUAGAAAGAAGCCUUCAAAAAUUUAUGUUACUUUUCAAGUAUGUAAUAUAAAACAGAAAGUCUGUUUAAUAGUUGAUGGUUAUUAUGAAUUAUCAUAAAUGUCAUAUUCAAAAAGACGAGAAACGUACAAAACAUCUUGAGACAUUAAUUGCCUGGGAGAUUUAAAAAAAAACAGUGUUGUAAAAUUCUGAGUUUCUCAUUGGUUUUACAAAAUCUAGAGGAAGGCACCUGAGGUCUUCCUCCACCAGUAAAGCUGGAACGACUAUAAUGUGUCAGUGGGACAUAAAACUCAAUCAAACAAACAAACAAAAUCUAGUGAUGAAUAUUCUCCACCUCUAUUGAUUAAGUUACUCAAAAAAUGUGAAAUUUCCUCAAUUAUUUUUUUUGUUCUUUUAGUUGUAGAAAAAUAGAUAUUUUGAUAUAAUUCUUUUUAUGAUUUCAUGUCAAAUGAUUGCUUAUCUUAGCAUUUUUACUAAUUUUCAACUACAUUAUUUUCUUUGUUUAUCAUUGAUGAAUGUGAUGGAAAUAACUUGUGAUGUUGUGUAAAUAAGUGAGUUAUUGGUUCAUUAUCAAGGAACAUUUGUAACUGCCAAGCACUUUAUUAAUGACAAACUGGAUAAAAUCAAAGUAAAGUAAUACUUUUCUACAGCUAUAAAGUAAAAAAAAAAAAGAAAAGAAAAAAAAUUGAAACAAAGUCACAUUUGCCAAGCAGUUAGAGUACUUUGAUGUGCUUUUCAAUACAUUUCUUGUUUAUUGAAAUUAAUAGAAGUAGUUUGUUUUUUGAAGGAUAAGGUGGUUGCAAAUUUCAUUUUGAUUCGGCUGUCUUAUUCAUUUAUGAUACACACAUACAAACAGCAGAAUAAAACUUGUUAAAUUUUUUCAUGUUUUGUAUGUGCAAAGAUUUUUACAUGUAUGUAAUGCAAUAUUUCAUCUAUUUACAUUAAUUAUACUGACUAAACACUAGAUAAAGGCAACAUUGCUGCAAUAAAGGAGAACGGUGAACUUAUGGUAAAGGUAUCAAGAUCAUGACUGGUGACAUGUCUGGUGUACGUACUCUUGGUAACUGAAAGGGCAGGUGGACCCUCAUAAAGCAUAUACUAUCGACCAACUGGUUAAGAUGUCUGCCUCUGUGGGUUAUAGUCUCACAGUCUUUAGAUAAAUUGUUAUAAAUUUACACAACUUGCACAUAUACAUUCAUGCAUUAAAUUUUCUUUUAGUUGUUUAGUAGAAAUACACGCAUCUUUUGAUUUUUUUUCUCCACAUGAAAAAAUUGUUCCUUUUUUCAUGAACAAUUAUUAAAAUUAUAUAACUCUCAUGUCAGUAUUUUUUUCUAUUUUGUUAGUGAAUUUUAAUAAAUAUAGAAGUUGAA